AUGGCAACCAGUGCGAGUAAUCAAUCAGAUAACAUAUCUGAUGACAACGAUGUAUUUACUACACCAAUAUUGGAGCAUACGAUCAAAUUUUAUAUACUACUUACUUUACAAGUUCCUUCUCUUGCCUGUGUAUUUUUUAUAUUAUAUCAUUUCAAAUGGCGUCGUUUACACAGUCAAAUAUAUGGAAUUCUUAUUAUUGAGAAUGGUUUAAUUAUUACAAUUGAAUUACCUAUUACUCUUUUUUUCCUAUAUAGAGGAGAUGUUCAUACUGAAACUAUAUGUCCAAUUUGGAUUAGUUUAAAUUAUUCAUUGUUUUACUUGAGUAUUGCAUUAAUGGCAUGGACAUCAUUUGAACGAUAUUUAUUUAUUUAUUAUGAAAAUGUUAUUACAAAACAUUAUUUAUUAUUACAUUAUUUUCCUAUUGCAUGUCUUAUUUUAUAUGGACCCUUAUUUUAUCUUUCUCUGGUAUACUUAUAUAAAUGUCAAUCUUAUUAUGAUAUUCAUGCAUUUGUUUGUGGUGGUACAUGUUAUCAAUAUGAACUUGCACUUGGUUUAUUUGAUUGGAUUGGAAAUAUAAUAACACCAAUAUUUAUCACUUUUUUCAUUAAUAUUAUCAUAGUUAUUCGUCAUUUUUUACAAAAGCAUCGUAUGAGAGAAGCAAUAGUGUCUAUAAAUAGACAUCAACAAUGGCGUCGUUCAGCUAAAAUGACUGUACAAUUAUUAGCUACUUCAAUGUUAUAUAUAAUCGGUUGGGUUCCAUAUACAACAAUAGGACUUAUUCAAAUAUUUGAAAAUACGGAACAAUUAGCUUCUCUUCUCUCAACAGUUUUUGUCUUUAUUCCAUAUAUGCAAACUUUAUUUCUACCAAUUAUUUGUCUUUUAUUCAUGCCAGAUAUUCGACACAAAUUUUAUUCUACAUUGGUUGAAUUAUAUGCUGUGAAGAUAUUUCGUCGUGGAAAUCGAAUACAAAUUAUCGAGAAUCAAUCAAUGAUGACUGCUCGACCACCAUUAGCUAGUAAACAACCAAAUUAG